GGGAUAAGAACAUAUCCGGACAGAAUCGCUUGCAUUCGACUAUGCUUUCUAUCGCUAAUGGCUUCUGCGAAACCAGAAACCCAUGAAUCCGUCUUUGGAUAGCGGCCGUGACCUCGCAUUCCACGAUAAUCGACACGCAUACGCAUCCUCUCUCUAUGUUUGCUUUGUACCGGUCAAAGUACCCUGAUGGGCAGUAUGAGACGGUGUUUGACUUUGUCAAAGGUGCGUAUGUGGGUAAGGGGAUGGAGACGAUAGUAGACGUGUGGCGCGAGCCGGAGGUGUUCAUGCGAGGGACAUGGAAGGAGCUGGCAGAUGGGAAAUGGGAGGGCAUCAAGUAUCGAUUCGUUAACGGCGUUCACCCACAUGAAGCAAAAUCGUUUACCCUUAUUGUGGAGUCGGAGAUUCUCACUGUGCUGUCACAUCCGUCGUGUGUUGGCCUUGGUAAGAUCGGGUUGGAUUACCACUACACACGUUCUUGCUGCCAGACGUCCAGCAACAGUGUUCGCCCAUCAGCUACGGGUAGUCAUUGAUCGCGGUAUCCCGAUUACAGUUCAAUCAAAAACGGCAGGACAUAUAUUAAACCACUAAUGGCCAUAGACUUUUCUAGACCCACUAAUUCGU